UGACGCUAGUGACCCGGAUAUUUAGAUAAACACUAUCAAAGUCACUUUUAAUGAAAUCCGCAACAGUCGGUCUGAUAGUAAAAAUACAGAUAUACUCUGGCACGAGAAAACUGAACAAUGCAAUUCACAUUUUACUGACUUAAUUUAGAAAUAAAGUAAUGGACUGAACCCUUGUAAUGUUUUGUACCUUAUUGCUCUUAUUGUACGUACACAGUGACGUAACUAACUCGUUUUCUGUUGCACGUGAGCGAAAGGAAAAAUAAAAGCCGGGUCACUCGAGCUGUGAAUAUCCUAUGAAUCGAAAUGGCAACUCCAGAUGCGUUCAAAGUUGGCUCUUUAAAGGGCAAAGUCACGCUGAUCACCGGCGCGAGUUCAGGGAUAGGAGCGGGCGCAGCGGUGCUGUUCUCCAGACUGGGCGCCCAGCUGGCGCUUAAUGGACGCGAUGUGGACAACCUCACCAAAGUCGCCGAAGAGUGCGAAGCUUGUGGGGCAGUUAAACCCUUAUUAGUGCCAGGAGACUUAACAGAUGAGGACACUGUGAAGAGGACAGUGGAAGAGGUCAUCGCUCACUUUGGGAAGCUGGAUGUCCUCAUCAACAGUGCAGGAAUCCUCGCCAUGGGCAGUAUAGAGACAACAGACAUGGCCCAGUAUGACAAGGUCAUGUCUGUCAAUGUCAGAUCAGUAUAUCAUCUCACUCAUCUCUGUGUGCCUCAUCUCAUCAAAACGAAAGGCUCAAUUGUGAAUGUGUCCAGUGUGAAUGGGCAACGAUCAUUUCCUGGUGUACUUGCCUACUGCAUGUCCAAAUCAGCCAUCGACCAGUUCACACGCUGUGUUGCUCUUGAGUUGGCAUCAAAGCAAGUACGUGUCAACUCAGUUUGCCCAGGAGUAAUUAUAACAGAGGUUCACAAACGUGCAGGACUUGAUGAGGACCAGUAUGCUCAGUUCCUUGAGAAGUGCAAGGUGACUCAUGCUCUCGGCAGACCAGGUGAAGUAGAGGAAGUAGCUCAUGCUAUCGCCUUCCUGGCAUCUGAUGCAGCAACAUUUAUAACAGGUGUCAAUCUCCCAGUGGACGGAGGUCGACAUGCUAUGUGUCCACGAUAAUGCUUUGCCGCCAUGAUACAGCUCUGUCAUAGCUAUGUGUCAUAAAAGCAAAGAAAUAAACAAAGUUGGAAUC